CGAGGCCUUAAGUUAGUCUAGAUAACUACGGGUAAUAAAAAUAUAGGCGUUUCGUUUUCUCAGCUGAGAAAUCUGUUUGUUCGACCAUGGAUUUUGCACCUAUAUUUGAUGUCGUGUUCAUUACUUGGGAUGCUGUAUAUCAUCACUCUGUCUUCUGCCAAAGAAAAUGUUUAGUCUGAACUUAGGUUCAAAUGGUUCAAAUGAUUGUGGACGGAAUAGAAGAAGCUUUCGCUUAGCAGGCUUCCGUGUCUAGUAGCAGGGGAUCACCAAAUCCUCCAGGAAGGAACCUAGGUUUCGUACUACUAUCUUUUUAUCCUAAAUCCUUGUUAUGUCUACGUUACCUGAAGGUUGGGUAUCUCGAAUCAGCUCUAGUAGUGGAAAACCAUACUAUGUUAAUACAGUUACAAAUGAGUCACAAUGGGAAUAUCCUCAGCAUCCAGUCAUAUCCACAAAUAAAGUUCGAUGCUUACAUUUACUAGUGAAGCAUAAUGAAUCUCGACGUCCCUCAUCUUGGAAACAACAGAAUAUCACUCGAUCUAAAGAUGAAGCCUUAGAUUUAAUAAAAAAAUACAAACAACAAAUUGAAGCUGGUGAAUAUACAUUUGAAGAACUUGCCCGAACUGAAAGCGAUUGCAGUUCAGCUCACUCUGGUGGUGAUUUAAAUUUCUUUAGUCGUGGUCAAAUGCAAAAACCAUUUGAAGAUGCUGCAUUUAAAUUAGAAAUUGGUGAAAUGUGUGGUCCUGUAUAUACAGAUUCUGGAAUUCAUUUAAUCAAACGAAUUGCAUAAUAAAACAAUAAUAGGCAAUUAAAUUGAAUAUAAAACUUGAAAUAUUUCACUUUUUUGCAUUUGAUUUAAAUAAAAGAUCAUGUUUAUUAAUAGUACUUGUUAUCCUUUCUUUCUUAAAAGUCAGUAACCCAGUAUUUCAGUUAACUGUCUAUGUAUUGUAAAUUUUCUACCUUUUUUGGACUGAAGUGGUUAAUAGUGAUUUGGGAAUUACUUUUCUAUAUCGUUUCAUGGUAUUUUAUCUUAUGUAAGUUGGAUUGUUUAUUCCUUAAGUUUUUCUUUUAUAGCAUAAUGCUAGAUAAUAUCGCAUCAACAAUGAA